AUGGCCCAACGACAAGGACUAUUUACCAACGAAGAGCGUGAAGAACUGCGACGGAAUGCAUCAACCAUCUACCACUAUCGCCGAGAGUACGACAAAUUCGAUCCCGCCGAUUUCCCUACCUUGUCAACCAAGCAAAAAGUGAUCAAAUACAUCUCCGCGAUCCUCGCGAACCGAAUGACGAGGUUGAAACUCGACGACGCCGCCGCGCCGUUGUACCGCGCACUCACCAAGAUCCGCCGCGAGGACAGCCAGCGUCAGGAGAACGACUUCUACUACGAGCUCGAGCUUGCGACUAAGGCCUUUGAGCAGUCUGGUCGUUUGAUGGGUGCUAUGAUUGGGGUGUGCAAUGCGUGGUAUGGCUCGCUGAACCCAGAGCAGCAGCAGGCUGUUAGGCGGAACCUUGAACAAGCGGCGGAAGUGCAUGGAAUUGACUAA